AUGUUAACUGACUUUUGUAUUAGUGAAUCGGCUGUUCGAAAUCGUCAACGAAGAAAAAAAGGUUUACUGAAAAUGGCUCACAUUGGCAAAGCUGCUUUAAAUAUUCUUGGUUGGACUAUUCAUACAGCGUUAGGAAUGCGACCAGAUAACACAUCAACACCUAAUGAUGCACCAUCGUUCAAAAUACAUUCACUUAAAAACAGACUUGGUGAUUUAAUUUUGAUAAUUAUUGAUGAAAUCUCAUUGGUUUCCCAUAGCCUUUUUCAAAAAAAAAUUGGUAUGGCUCGUACAUUAUUUUUCAAUCCAGUCAAAGCUAGUCAAAAAGAAUCUAAAAUUAUUUUACAACCUUCAGGUGACGAAAACGACUGUGGAUACAUGUUCGAACAACUACCAUUAUGUAUCGGUGCACGUGUAAUUUGUCGACGAAAUAUUGAUUUCGAUGGGGCUAUGGUUAACGGAACUGAAGCAACUAUAAAAGAUAUUAUUUUGGGACAAUAG